GCUGCCUAUGAGCAUUUUUUUCACACCAUCUUUCUUUGCACAAAAAGACAUAGCAGUAUUGAGAAAACCGCAACUCUCAAUCUUCACCAGUAAAUACCCCGUAAUAUCAUCGAAAAUGGGACACCCUAUACACAUAUGAACUGUUCUGCAUACCGAUCGCGUUCAGUUAAAAACGAGUCGACAAACCCGUCUGACCGCAUAAGCAAAGCAACGUGCUAUAACUACCGAUUCUCGUAUAUUUAGAACAUUAGAUCUCGACUCUCAGUCUCAGUGUCCAACAUGGUGUAUGAUAUCAAAGGAAAAGUCGCUCUUAUUACUGGGGGAGCAGCUGGUAUCGGGCUUGCCUACGGGGAGGAGCUGCUCAAAAAUGGAAUUGAGGGUCUGAUAGUUGCUGAUGUCAACGAAAAACAAGGAAACGAAGCGGUUGAAAAGUUCAACAAGACCUAUGGACCUAAGAAAGCGACGUUCAUGAAGACUGAUGUAACUAAAAAGGAACAGCUAGAAGCGGCCUUUCAGUUAGCAAAGUCGACGUACAGUAAGCUGGACAUUGUUAUAAACAAUGCUGGAAUAUUGAACGAUGCCCAUUGGGAGCUGGAAAUUGCUAUUAACUGCAAUGCUGUAGUGCAAGGUUCUCUACUAGGAAUUCAGUACAUGGGCAAAAAUAAUGGUAACAAUGGAGGAAUCAUAGUUAAUAUUGCAUCAAUUUUAGGCCUUCAGAAACUUGAAGGUUGUCCGAUCUAUGUUGGAACAAAACAUUUUGUGAUCGGUCUGAAUAGGUCUUUUGGAUCUCCAUACUUCUACGAUCUGACAGGAAUCAGAUUCUUAACGAUGUGUCCUGGCGUAACCGAUACACCAUUAAUCUCAGACGCGAACAAGUUCACCCUUAAUGGUUUCCCAGGUCUAGGACAGAAUUUGGCCGAGGGACUGGGUGACCUUCCACCGCAACCGACAACCAAUGUCGCCAUUGGUCUGAUCAAGAUGAUCAAGGAUGGGGAGAAUGGAAGCGUUUGGGUCUCUGAGGGAAAUCAGCCAAUCUAUGAAGUGGAGAUCCCAGACAGACUGACCUUGCGCAAGAAGUAAUAAUAGAGAUAUUUAAUUAUUGGUGAAUAACAUUAUUUUUUUCCUAAAAUCGGCACAUAUAAAUAUGGGUUCUGGUUUGGGUGUUCAUUUCAUGCAUUUAUUUUAUAUGUAUACGUAUAUCGUUUUCAUUGAUAUGAUCUGUAUUACUGUCUAUGAAAGUGCUUUUAUUGUACAUGAAUGUUGAGAAAUAAAACGAUAACACUAUUCA